AUGGCAAUGCUAAGGACGAUGGUAGCAUUGUUAGCUAUCAGUGGACACAAGUCUCCAGUACUAGUCUCUUUUUUUAGUGGUCCAGCAAAUGCAUUGUUGGUGAACGCUGACAAAGCCAAAGCCACGGCAUCAGGAUUGAUCGAGGGCCACUAUGUGUUCAUGCUCGUUGUGGUAGACGAUGGAGGUUUGAAGGGCAACGCAUCCGCGUUUAUUAGCGUGGAAAGAAGUAAAAAUGAACCUCCGGUCGCGAGAGCCUUCAAUGUUACCGUACUACUGCCUACAGCUAUAGCGAUCUUGAACGCUUCACAGUCUAGCGAUGAUGCUGGAAUCGUAUCAUACCUCUGGCAACCUCUUGAUGAUGUGCCAGCAUCUAUG